CGCUGCGAUGACUGGGGGGUGGACACCAUGAAGCAGAUCCAGAUUUACGAUGGGGAACCUGCCAAGAUCAAAUGCCCGCUCUUCGAGACCUUCUUGAAGUACAACUACAGCACAGCCCAUUCUGCUGGCUUAACCCUCAUCUGGUACAGGAUCGGGCAGGACCGGGAUCUGGAGGAGCCCAUUAAUUUUCGUCUUCCAGACAAUCACAUCAGUAAGGAGAAAGACACCCUAUGGUUCUGGCCUGCUCUUCUCAAUGACACUGGAAAUUAUACGUGCAUGCUCAGAAAUACAACCUACUGCAGCAAAGUUGCGUUUCCCUUGGAAGUUGUUCCAAAAGACCAACACUCUUGCGUGAGCCAUUCAGUAAAACCCACCGAGGAGAUGUUCUACUUGGAGCAUACCAACGAGAAGAUCAUAUGUCCAGAUAUUGAUGGGUUUUACCCUGCUAGUGUGACACCAACUGUCAAGUGGUACUUCAACUGCAGCUUGGUGGAUGGCUUCUAUGAGCGAUACCCGCAAGGGCCCAGGCUUGUCAUCGGCAUUGUCCGCAGUCCGUAUAAAGGGAAUUACACUUGUAUUGUGACGUUCAAGGAUCAUGGAAGAACCUAUAACCUCACCAGAACCAUACACAUGAAGGUGGUUGGAUCUCCAAACAAGGCCUUGCCACCACAGUUCACCUCUCCAAAUGAGAAAGUUGUCUACGAACUGGAAGCAGGAGAUGACCUUGUUCUGCCCUGUGAGGUCUUCUUCACCUUUCUGAAGGACUCCCGGACUGAGGUGUGGUGGACUAUUGAUGGGAAAAACACAGAUGACAUCAUGGACCCCAGGAUAAAAGUCACACAAAGUGAAAUUACUAGAGAAUUUGAAGACAAAACUAUCAUAAGGACUCUAACAGUUGCAAAAGCCACACCAGAGGACUUGAAACGGAACUAUACUUGCUAUGCCAGAAACGCCAAAGGCGAGGACCACAGCCAGGCUGUUGUGCGCAUGAAAGUUGUAGCACCGAAGUACACCGUGGAGCUGGCCUGUGGACUCGGGGCAACCAUCCUGCUCAUUGUGGUGCUGAUAGUCAUCUAUCACGUUUAUUGGCUUGAAAUGGUGCUCUUCUAUCGGGCUCAUUUUGGAACAGAUGAAACCAUUCUAGAUGGGAAGGAGUACGACGUGUACGUGUCCUACGCGCGCAACGCCGAGGAGGAGGAAUUUGUGCUGCUGACGCUGCGGGGAGUCUUGGAGAACGAGUUUGGGUACAAGCUGUGUAUCUUCGACAGAGACAGCCUCCCCGGGGGAAUUGUCACAGAUGAAACUCUGAGCUUCAUCCAGAAAAGCCGACGUCUGCUUGUUGUCCUGAGCCCCAACUACGUCUUGCAGGGGACACAGGCCCUGCUGGAGCUCAAGGCUGGUCUAGAGAAUAUGGCCUCCAAGGGCGAUAUCAAAGUCAUUCUAGUGCAGUACAAAGCCAUCAAGAAGAGCAAAGUGAAGGAGCUGAAGCAGGCCAAGGCGGCCUUGACUGUCAUUAAAUGGAAAGGCGAGAAAUCCAAGUUCCCCAAGGGCAGGUUCUGGAAGCAGUUGCAGGUGGAAAUGCCAGUGAAAAAAAAUAGUAGGAAUUUGGGCCUUGAUGGGCUCAUACGUAUCCCUGAAAAAUGUUUGGCACCAUCAGAAAAAAAACAAACCCCAAAAAUCCACAAGUUAGACCAGGGAGUGGGAAGGAACUCGGGGUUUUUGCCGUGA